AUGGUUGAGCUAACCGCCCAAUUCUUCUCCACUCGCUUCAAGCUGUACAACUCUGGCGAUCCAGAGGCUGGUGCGGCAGGAUGUGGAGAGGUUGGUAUCUUCCCAAGUCACCCGGCGGAAGGAUCCUUGCUUGACUUGCACGGAUUCAUCAUGAACAACGACGAUGUCAUCUGGCAGAUUAUCAAUAGAGCGUUCUGCUCUUUCGUGGUCAAAACAAAGACGGGAAAAUUUUGCCGCAACGAUAACAACGUAACUGGACUUUGUAACCGACAUUCGUGUCCACUGGCAAAUUCGCAGUAUGCCACGGUCAAAGAAAAAGAUGGGAUCAUUUACUUAUUCUUAAAGGAGCCCGAACGCGUUCCCUAUCCUGGAAAACAGUGGGAACGCGUCAAGCUCUCGCGCAACAAGAAACAGGCAUUGGAGCAGAUAAAUAGGCAUAUGAUCUAUUGGGAUAAGUGGAUAAUAAGUCGCGUAAAACAGCGCUUUUUCCGCAUACGCGAUAACUUAAAAAACAUGCGUCGUCUUGCCUUAUCACGUCAGAAGAAAUUAGAGCCAGUCAACCGUAAGUUGGAGCGAAGAGAAGCGCGACGCGAAAAGAAGGCCCUGCGAGUUGCUCGAGUAGAGCGGACGGUGGAACAGAAACUUUUGGAACGCUUAAGAGCCUCUACCUCGUCGAAGGAGAUUUACAACAUUGACCAGUCUGCAUUUGAAAAGGCCCUUGAAACAGAAGAAAUAACAGAUGAUGAGUUUGAGGUUGAAUCGGAGGAGGAAGAGAUGAUGGAAGACGAUGAAGAGGUAGUGUAUACUUCUGCUUCUGAGGAAGAGGAAGAGAUUGAGGAUUUGGUGCAAGAAGAGGAAGAGGAAGAAGAACAAGAGCCUGCUCUCGUACUAGCAGAGCCCAUCAAGCGACGGAAAAUCAAAAUCCAGUAUGAGAAAGGCGACUGAUACUACACUCCGAUAAUUUGUGUUGCUUACAUUGUACAUACACAGCAUGCUUGAACUGUAUUUUCCUAUAUACAUAGCGAUG